AUGUGUCUUGCCUUUCUGUAUUUGAGCGCGACUGACUUUUCUAUAGCACACCCAAACCCGACUGGCCUAGGUUGGGUGGAUGGGACGGGCCUGGGACAUCUCAACACACGACUAGACACACUAGACCAAACACCCAAACGCGACUGGCCUCGGUUGGGUGGAUGGGAUGGGCCUGGGAAAUCUCGACACACGACUAGACACAGUAGACCAACCUGUGAGUACUUCCCUGAUGAGCUCCUGAUCAUACUGGCUGACUGCACAGAACACCCAAACGCGACUGGCCUCGGUUGGGCGGAUGGGAUGGGCCAGGGUAUCGACACUGAAUUAUCAUAUUUUGUAGACCAAACACCCACACGCGACAGGCCUCGGUUGGGCGGAUGGGACGGGCCUGGGACAACAACACACCACACACGACACAGCGCGACAACACUUCUGGCCCACGGUAGGGUGGCAGGGACGGGCCUGGGACAACAGAGAACAACACGACAACACAACACAGACUCAUACGGGUCUGGCCUCAUGGUUGGGUGGAUGGGACGGGCCUGGAAGACCCUAUUAUAUACACUUACUUCUAUAUACGACACAGCGCGACAACACUUCUGGCCUCAUGGAUGGGUGGAUGGGACGGGCCUGGAAGACUAUAUUAUAUAUACCUGCUCGGUUUCAACACAGGGGCUUACAGCUUCAGCAACAAACCAGGCCCUGGUUGGGUGGCAGGGACGGGCCUGGGCUAUUCGACGCAGUUUAGCUGUCGACAUUGGACACAAAGCAGAGUCAUACCAGCUGCCACAUCUGGACGUGACGGACUUUGUACAGUCUUCUUGA